GCUGCCGCCACCUUCCCUGCUGCCGCCGCCGCCUGAAGAAGCCCCAUCCAUUCGCCUGCAGCCCGGAGACUCAGAGCCUGGGAGGGGCCUGGGGCCCGGGCCGCCCGCCUCCUUCUUCGAGUCGUCGUCCGGAGCUUCCUCCUGCUCCACCAACCCUCUGCCCUCCCCUCCGCCUCCGCCCUCCUCCUCGGCCUCAUGGCGCCAGCCAACCGCGCGGCCGCUUGUUGAGCCGGGGCUCCACCGUCUCCAUGACGCCCGGCAAACAUUCCCGAGCCUGAGCUCGAGCCGCUAACGCCGGUAGUUGGGGUACAGGGACUCCAGAAACUGAGGAAAGGGGUGGUGGACCACUCCGCAGCCAGUCGCCACCAUGCCAGUCUCUCCAGGAAACAGUCGCAAGCAGCAGAACUUGGGGUUGGCCGGCACACAAUUAAGGAAGUCCAUUAGCAUUAUUGGUCCAGCAAAACCAACUGCAGUGAAAGGAUAUAUUGGUGCAAAUCAAAGCCGAAUGAUUACAUCAAAAGCCAUGGUUAUUGUACCUGAAUUGAAAACAGAAAAAAUGAAUAUUCCCAGCAUAAAGACAAUACAGGUAUUUGAUGCAAAUGGAGUUGACGUUACUCCUCGACCUCUUUACCAUCCAGAUCCACAUAGUGGUACAGCAAAGCCAAAUAAACUCUUGACAUCACAAGAAGGAUCACUUGGUUCAGAAUUUAUAGCUUCCUAUAGCCUUUAUCAGAAUACAAUGAAUCCUAGUAUGUUAGGGCAGUUUACAAGGUCAGUUUUAGGAAGCAGUACAAUUUCUAAGUCAAGUGUAUCGACAACUGAAUCAAUAGCAGAAGACAUAGAAGAACCAUCUUUUAAGCGAGAAAGAUUGACUAGUUUUACAGAUUUACGAGUUACGAAGGCAACAGCUGAAAAAAUAACAAAAGAAGACCUGGAGCGGAAUAUAGAGAUAAUACUCACAGAGACAGAAACACUGAGAUUUUUUGACUUGCCAACAGUCAUGGUCUCUGUAGAAGCUGAAGAAGCUGAGAAAGUAGCCCAGAGAAACAGGAAAUAUGACAUCCUUUGUAGAAAUAGAUUAGGCAAUGACCUAUAUGUUGAAAGGAUGAUGCAGACUUUCAAUGGAGCACCAAAGAAUAAAGAUGUUCAAUGUGAAAAAAUCAUAAUGGAAGACAAAGGCAUAAUGUCUACUGCCUGGGAUUUGUAUGAUUCUUAUAAUGCUGUGGAACUUCCACCUUCAUCAGUACAACAAUCUAUUACUGAGUCAAGUAGUAAAGCUGGUGUACUUCCUAAAGAUCGAGACCAAAGAUCGCAAGGGAGCGCUAUGGAAAAAAAUAGUGAAGCUAGUUCUCUAAUGGAUGUAGAAAAUGUAAUUCUGACAAAGAUCCAUGAUGAUGAGGAAGAGCACUCAGACACAGUAUUAAAAUCUGACAAAUUUCGUCAGGACUUAUUUUUUAUGGAACGGGUUCUAAUGGAAAAUAUAUUUCAGCCAAAACUUGCUGCUUAUCGUCAGCUUCCUGUUUUAAAAGAACAUGAACCUGAAAAGCCUGAAGACUUUUUAGAAAGUGAAAAACAUGAAGAGGUAGAGGAAGAAGCUAAGAAGGAGGAGAAAGAAGAAAUAGAAAUAGAUGCAGAAAAAUCAACAAUACCAGCAAAUCUGGAACGACUUUGGUCUUUUUCCUGUGACUUAACCAAAGGCCUUAAUGUGAGCAGCCUUGCCUGGAAUAAAGCAAAUCCAGACCUUUUGGCUGUUGGCUAUGGGCACUUUGGAUUUAAAGAGCAAAAAAAAGGAUUGGCUUGCUGCUGGUCAAUAAAGAAUCCCAUGUGGCCAGAACGUAUUUAUCAGAGUCCAUUUGGAGUUACUGCUGUGGAUUUUUCAAUUGGAGCACCUAACCUUUUAGCAGUUGGCUACCACGAUGGCACAAUUGCCAUUUAUAAUGUACAGAACAACAGUAGCGUUCCGGUUUUGGAUAGUAGUGAAUCACCUCAAAAACAUUUGGGACCUGUAUGGCAACUACAGUGGAUAGAACAAGAUCGAGGAACAACAGGCGAUGACAAAAGAGAAAUACUAGUUUCUAUAUCAGCAGAUGGAAGAAUCUCCAAAUGGGUUAUACGGAAAGGACUGGACUGUCAUGAUUUGAUGCGAUUAAAGCGAACUACUUCUGGCACCAACAAAAAAGGAGGAGAAAAGGAAAAGAAAGGUGAAGCUUUGAUAUCUCGACAGGCUCCUGGAAUGUGUUUUGCUUUUCAUCCCAAGGACACAAAUAUCUAUUUGGCUGGCACUGAAGAAGGUCAUAUUCACAAAUGUUCUUGUUCAUAUAAUGAACAAUACCUAGAUACCUACAGAGGGCAUAAGGGUCCAGUGUACAAAGUAACUUGGAAUCCAUUUCGUCAUGAUGUAUUUUUAAGCUGUUCUGCAGAUUGGGGUGUUAUUAUAUGGCAACAGGAUAAUCUCCAGCCAUUUUUGAGUUUUUAUCCAACUACUUACGUAGUUUAUGAUGUUGCCUGGUCUCCAAAAUCACCCUAUAUUUUUGCAGCUGCAAAUGAGAGCAGAGUGGAGAUUUGGGAUCUUCACAUCAGCAAUUUGGACCCUCUGAUUGUGAAUGUUGCUAAUCCUGGAAUCAAGUUCACAACCAUUCUCUUUGCCAAACAAACAGAUUGCCUUCUGGUGGGAGACAGUGAUGGACAAGUUGCUGUGUAUGAACUGAGAAACAUGCCUGCUGCUUUGGAUUCUGUCCGGGGAGACAUAAUAGAUACUUUGCUUGGACCCAAGUCAAACCAACCAGGAUAAGUCAUCAUUUAUGACGUCAUUUUUGUUGUUGUUUAAAGAAAAAGGAACAGUGUCUAAUAUUCAAUAGUUUGUAUUGUAUUCUGUAUACCAGAUUUUGAUUUUAGAAAAUAAUAUUUGUUGUAUAACUUUCAGUUAAAUUUAAUAUAAAUUUAAUGAUCUUUUAUUUUAGAGAUAUUUGAUUAAUUUGUGAUCUAAACAAAGAGUUAUUCUAAAUAAGAGUGAGUUUUGUUAGAAUUUUCUUAAUUUUUCUAAAGAUAUUCCUACUCCUUGGUCAUAUUCCAAACACAUAUAAGUACAUAUAUGUACUUAUAAAAUGUCCAGAAAGGUUAGAAAAUUAUUAUUCAUUUAGAAGCAAAGCUUAGAUAUUAUUAAAAUUACUUAAACUGAAAUCUUCAUAAGAAAAUUCCACUGACUUUUAAAACUUCUGCUUUCCAAGCUGUUUUCCAGGGUUUAUAAUUAUACAGUUGUUAGUAUGAUGAGAACAGUGGAUUCUCAUACCUAACUUUGAAUCAGAAUUGUAUCCUCCUAGAUCUGAGAGCUGAAGCUAUAGCACUUUCUUAGACUAUUUGACAAACAAAAGACAUGACAGCAAAUAACAGAAUUGCAUUGUUUGGCCAGGGGGCAACACAUUCCCAAUUUAGUGAGAAAAAUUAACCUGGGACACAUCUGCAUGCCCAGAAUCUGCUCUAGAUUUUAAGCCCAGACUUAAAUGGACCCAGAGAGAAAACAGAAAGUCUCUGAUUUGUAGGCCACAUCAAGAUGUUAUUUUAUGAAGGGUUCUAGAGUAAAGUUGUGGAAAUGGAGGUGGGGAUAGGGGACAGCAACUCCUCCAAAUAUAGAUUGCUAACAGGCUACUUUAUGCACUUUGUCUUAACAAGUCCUGGGUUUGUUCACUGAGGCUGUAGGAUAUUAUGGCCUAUUCUCUAAAGCAUUCUGAGUGGAGAGGAGAGGAUAGGGCAUAUGAAAUGCACUAAACUCUCUGGGAAAAUACAUAUAUAUUAAAAACCAAGAAUGGAAUCAGUGCAAUAAUGGAAACUACCUUUUACAAAUAUCUAUUGCUUUAUAAUCUCCAUUUCUUUGGAGCCACCCUUUAAGAAAAGCAAAGCAAUUCUUAGGUGGAUUUUGAGCUUAGAUCAGUUUAUAAAGAUUAUAAAUUUUCUACUGGUAUAAGUCAUUGUGAUUAUUUUUUUCUUUCUGAAAGAUUGGACUUUCCAUAACACUUUGUUUAAGAAAAUAAAAACUUGAUUUAAUUGAAAAAA